AUGUCUUCAGAAAGGGUCGAAUGGGUGGAAAUAAUUGAGCCUAAGACAAAGGAGCAUAUGUAUGCUAACCUAACUACUGGCGAAUGUGUUUGGGAUCCACCAGAGGGAGUCAAAGUGAAACGAACAGAUUCGUCCCAAUGGUGGGAAUUAUUUGAUAUUAACACCCAUAGAUUUUAUUAUUACAAUGCCACUACACAGACAACUGUAUGGCAUAGGCCCACAGACUGCGAUAUUAUACCUCUAGCUAAACUACAAACCUUAAAACAAAACACUGAUCCACAAAAAAGAAGAGAAACAUCCACACAAACCAAUCAUGCAGCUCUUCAGGUUACAUCAAUGCUGGACCCAAUUAGCAGCAAUGGUAAUAACAGCACAACUGCUAGUGUCAGUAAGAUUUCACCCAACAAUGCUAAGAACAUUACUAUAACACAAACAAGUCCUGUGAGGACUAGGAGGUCACACUAUCAUCAUAGGAAUAGUGGUGAAAGUCGUCGCGGAAGACUAAGUGAAGAUGGAUCCACUGGACUCUGUCGUCAUACGGACUCUGGUCGGUCGUCUGAUAGCAGUAUCAGCAGCGCUCAACAAAGACGAAAGCAGGAGCUGACAGCUGUAGCGUGCAGUGUUCCCGUGUGUACUCCGCAACUAAGGAAAAGGACAAGCGCUACACAACCGCAUGAGGCCGAUAAGUGGUCACCGCAUUCAGGAUUAAAUCGCAGUGGCAGCUUCAUAUCACCCAGGAAAGAUGCAUCUGAUGAUUCCAUGCACGAAAAAUAUUUCAAGUCUGUGGAGAGUACCCCUUUAACUAGACGCAAGCUUAAACAGCAAUCAACGGGCGGGUCCUCAUGCGAUUCUGCGUCUCCUCAGAGUCCUAGUAGUCCUCUGCAGAAGCCACAACCAACACCUUUCUUGCAGACGACGGCUGCGCGGCCGUCGCUGGUGUCGUCCAUAUCUCUGGCGACGGAGGCGGGCGGCGCGCGCCUCAUGCACAGCCUCGAGCGCCCGCACCAGCUGUCCAGACACUCGCGCGAACGCUUCUCCGACAGGCAUUUGGACAAAGAUCGUUUAGUAGAGUUGGAUCGCAUGGAACGUUACCCAGACAAGCAAGCAGUAUACAGUGUGGAUAAGCCUUUUCGACAAACCAGCCUUGAUUUACGCCAUAACUCCGCUUCUGCUAAUUGGCAUCAGCCCAGGGAGUUUACUAGCAGGCGGCAGCAAGCGGAGCCGGAACGCUACACGUCAAGCAAGACGACGGUGUCGUCGAGCCGUCCCCGCGCGCCUCACGACAAUCAACACAACUUCCUGCGCCUCUCUUCCGCCAACGAGCAGGACACUAUCGCCGUCGUCAAUUACAAACUGAAGUGUGUGAGCCUGGAGCCGCCUCUGACAGAGCCAAAUGUACAAAAGCACAACCAACGUUUCGAGAGAACCGAGAAAGUAACCACACCUAGAGAUCGGACUAAAUCGCGACGGCACAAAAGACCUAUGGAAGUAGAUGAUACACAAAUGGAUGGCGAGGAUGAAGAUGAAGAAGGCGGAGGAUCGCCAUUAUACUGCAACUGGGACUUAAGAGGAAUGCAGCAUUUGCUGCCAUUACAAGACUAUAUUAUACAACAGGCGAAAUUGUCAAGCCGGGGUCGGUACACGGGCGGGUCGGAGUCGGACGGGUCGUCGGGCUCGUCGCGGUCGGGGUCGCGGUCGCGCUCGCUGUCGGGCCACGAGCCUGACAACGAGUCGUCGGACGGCGGCGCGCGCACGCCCGACGACGACGACGGCUCGGGCGUCUACUUGCCGCAUACGUACACGCACCGCGCCGACGCCGAGUAUAUGAACCACGGCGUUGCCUACUACAACACGUUUGUCGGCUUCGACAGGGAUCGACAGCCCUCGCCUGGGAUACAUCGGACGUCGUCCCUGGGUGGCGGCGGCACGGGUGCAGGCGCGGGGGGCACGGGCGGUAGCUCAGUGGAUGGCAGCGGGGCGGGAGGAGGCGUGGGAGGAGGGGAGGGUGCACUCUACAGCCCAGUUCGAACGCACGCGCCGCCGCAUGCGCACGUGCCGGCCGAACAGGACAUCGAGAUCUUCGCGAAGGAUAACCUUAACUUCAACAAGGGCAUAUUCAGGAGGAAGGCUUCAGUUCGAGAUAUGCUAUCAUGGACGUCAUCAUCAAUUAGCGCGCCGAUGGUUGGGGCGGAUUGGGAUAAGGCGCACAAGAAGGCCGCCAUCGACCUUUUCCGGCUCGUCCAGAUAUAUAUGGGUGAUCGGAAAGCGAGGCCUGGCAUGACACUAAACUCUGUUGCCCAAGAUAUCUUACAUGCUACAUUUACUAACGAAAAGCUGCGAGACGAGCUGUACGUGCAGCUGUGCCGGCAGACGACGGAGAACCCGCUGCGGGACUCGCUGCUGCGCGGCUGGGAGCUGCUGGCCGUGUGCCUGGCCUUCGUGCCGCCGUCGCCCGCCUUCCAGCCCGCGCUCACCAACUACGUCAACCGGCACCGCGACCCCGCCUUCGCGGAUGCUUUCCCCGAGGUCGGCAAGUGGCCUAUUCAUGUUCAAGUGUCGCACUAUGCAGGAAUUGCGUGUAAGCGCUUAGAGAGAAUUGGUUUUGGGGGGAAACGGCAACCGCGGAAACCCACCACUGAGGAUAUCGAUCAAGCUAGGAUCCAAAUUUUCCGCCAGUCGAUGUUCGGCAACACUCUGGCUGAGGUGAUGGCGUUACAAAAAGAGCGCUUUCCUAAUCGCCAGCUGCCGUGGGUACAAGUGGCGCUCUCGCAGCAAGUGUUGGCGCUCAAUGGCCGCGAGACUGAGGGCAUUUUUCGUGUGUCGGCCGAUGUCGACGAAGUUAACGCGCUCAAGGCCAAAAUCGAUAACUGGGAGUUGCCCGAUGCCUCUACCUUGACCGACGCGCACGCGCCCGCCAGCCUGCUGAAGCUGUGGUACCGGGAGCUGUACGAGCCGCUGAUCCCGGACGCUCUGUACGGCGCCUGCGUGGCGGCCGGCAGCGACUUCGCGGCUUGCAGCCGAGUGCUGCAGAGGCUGCCGGCGCUCAACCGUACGGUACUCACAUAUUUAAUAAGCUUCUUGCAACAAUUCACCGCACCGGAAGUGGUGAGUCAGACAAAAAUGGACUCUGCCAACCUGGCGAUGGUUUUCGCGCCAAACUGCCUUCGUUGCACCUCACAGGAUCCACGCGUCAUCCUCGAGAAUGCACGUAAAGAAAUGACUUUCCUUAAAACCCUCAUAACGAACCUGGAUACAUCACACGUUCAAGAUCUACUGUGA